GAGAAAGAUCAGGAAGGAAAGAUCGAGUUAAUGACGGUGCGGUGAGCACCUUCGAUUUAAUACCACCGACACCGCGGCCACCAUACACAUCGAAUCAGGACACUUCCUUGCUGCCGAUUCCGAGCCAUACCGAUACUAGGCUAUGGCAUUGUGGUCAAGGAUGUAUGCCACGACCCUGAUCGGAAUCUUUUUUCAUCAUGGUGUAGUGGUUGUCAAGAGCUAUGACGCUACCCAAACAAACGUUUCCCUUGCCGGCCGAUCCCUUAGAUCCGCCGUCUUCCGUUCGCCGAAUCGAAGGUCUUUCCAUCUUCUACGCAUCCAUGAUGGAAGGUCUUCUUCAUGUUGUUCUCCAUGAGCAUGGAUGGAGUUGCACAGAGGUCGCGCAUUGGUCUUGGCUUCAGAAUUUGGAGCGCGAAGCUUCGCUUCAACACACUUCCUCUAUCAGUUCAGUUUCGAGCUUCUAUCGCGUCUACCAUCUUCGCAACAUCUUGUCCAUGUUUCCAUGUUUUUCAUACCACAUGGCGCCUUGGCAAGUGUUCACGCGCGACACAUGUCCACGUCAAAUCGUUAAAGAGCCCCUUAGCAGUUCGGCCUUCCUUCGCGCGAACAUCCGUCUGACAGAUAGAUGUACUUUUCGCAGCCGGUUUUGGUUGUUGCAUAUGAGGAACUUUUUUGACAUGUGUUGCUUCGUAAUCUUUGCUGACAUAUCGGUGCUUUGUGUGCUGGUCUGACUGGUUGGUGUUGACCGGUCGGGAAUGGCGCUGGCAGCGAUAUCGAUCAGGUGAGAAAGAA